AUGCCAAGGCCAAGAGGGAGCUCUGUGCAAGGUUUGUGUCCUCUUUGGGCAGGAAAAGGGAGCCAUCAGAAACUCGGCGGCUUGGUGCUGACUCCCUUUGUGCGUUGGAAAAACGCACUAGAGACCUUCAAAACACACAGCGAGACCGAAUACCACAAGGCGGCCGUUCUCGACGCCGACAAGUUCGUACAAGCCGUGCAAGGAGAGUCAGUGAAGGAAAGGAUGGACUCCGCUGCUCGCGUGCAGAGGCAGACGAACCGGAAGAAGCUCAUAUCAAUAAUAGAACUCGUAUUAUUUUGCGGGAGGCAAGGCAUAGCUCUCAGAGGACACCGUGACGCCGGACCACUCACUUUGGAGGACCCUUUCGAAAAUGACGGGAACUUUCGUGCACUGGUGCGCUUGAAAAUUCGCAGCGGGGACGAUCUUCUCAGAGAUCACCUGGAGACAGCACCAGGCAAUGCGACGUACCUAAGCCCGCAAAUACAAAACGAAAUCUUGGUGGCGAGCAGCACUCUGGUUCAGCAGACCAUUGUCAGUCAAGUCAACAGCGCGAAGUGCUUCUCCCUGCUUGCGGACGAAACAACAGACAUUUCGGGUAAGAAAUGUUAUUAUUAUUGUUUAUACUUCAUUUCAAACUAA